UUUUCAGAAGUCAUACCAAGUGUUUAGCGCACCUCUGAAAAUCAUGGUACGCGCCACUCUGCCGCGAGCCCGUUUUUUUUUCAUCCUCCACCACUUCGACUGUUCGUAUCGAGGUGCUCCUGGUCUUCCGUUCAUUAACACAACAGCGAUGUGGCUAAGGAAACCAGCCUACUAUUUUUGGCACGUAUCCUGCUGUUAAAACGGAGGCCUAUCAUUCAACACUCUAGUUCUUAUUCAAGUUACUUGUUCCAGGCUUUCUUGAGCAGGAAAGAGUGCGAAAAGCGACGUUAGCUUCAGUCCCAUGUUGUCGCCGAAUCAGAACGAACAUGCCCGCUCCAAAGAUCCGGUGAAAUACGGCGAACUGGUCAUACUGGGGUACAAUGGCUCCCUUCCUGGUGGAGAUAAGGGGAGGAAAAGGAGUCGCUUUGCUCUUUACAGGAGGGCAAAGGCUAACGGUGUCAAGCCAAGCACUGUGCAUAUCCUCAGCAAUCCACAAGACAGCAAGGCGGUUAAUAGCAGGGGGCAGCACAGUAUCUCCUUCACGCUCUCUAGGAAUCAGACUGUGGUGGUGGAAUACUGUCAUGAUGAUGACACAGAUAUGUUCCAGAUUGGCCGUUCCACUGAGAGCCCCAUAGACUUUGUGGUGACUGAUACACCAGGAGGAUCAAAAGAGAGUGAGGACUCUGUUGCGCCCAGCACCAUCUCGCGCUUUGCCUGCAGGGUGGUGUGUGAGCGUAACCCCCCCUACACUGCCCGAAUUUAUGCAGCUGGCUUUGACUCCUCCAAAAACAUUUUCCUUGGGGAAAAAGCAACAAAGUGGAAGAACCCAGAUGGUCAGAUGGAUGGCCUCACAACCAAUGGAGUACUGGUGAUGCAUCCACAAGAUUUCCCAGAAGAAUCCAAGCAGGGCAUGUGGAGGGAGAUUUCUGUCUGUGGAAAUGUCUACACUCUGAGAGAGACCAGGUCCGGCCCCAUCCGUGGCCAGCUGGCUCAGGGUGAAAGCAGCGCUCUGAAGGAUGGCUCUCUGGUAGACCUGUGUGGUGCAACUUUGCUGUGGCGCACAGCUGAAGGCCUUCUCAAAGCUCCUACAUUGCGUCACCUGGACGCACUGCGUCUGGAGCUGAAUGCAGCACGUCCACAAUGCCCAGUGGGCCUGAGCACGUUGGCGUUCCCCAGCCUACCACGUAGCCACAGCCUAGAGGAACGCCAGCCCUGGGCCUACCUUACCUGUGGCCAUGUGCAUGGCCGACAUGACUGGGGCCAGAAGCCUGAGCACAGCCGCGAGCGUGAGGGAGGCCCCAACACAGGCGGCAGACGGGAGUGCCCUCUAUGUCGAUCGCUAGGGCCCUACGUGCCCUUGUGGCUGGGCUGUGAGCCUGCGUUCUAUGUGGAUGCAGGGGCUCCCACCCACACUUUUGUUCCCUGCGGCCAUGUGUGCUCAGAGAGGACGGCAAAGUAUUGGGCUGAGACAUCGCUGCCCCACGGGACCCACGCCUUCCAGCCGAUAUGCCCGUUCUGCUCUACACCUCUGACAGGCACACCUGGCUUCACCCGCCUCAUCUUUCAAGGGCCUGUCGAUUGACAAGUAGCCGCAGAGGGUACAAAGCAUGAUAGGAUUGCUUUCUUGGGAGUGUGUUCAUACUGUAGAUACACAUGCUGAAAUCACAUGCAAAUCUACCGUAGCUUUCCUUAGUAUAUGCACACAAUUAACUCAGUAUGUGUAUUUUGCAUUUGAAUGCAGCCCUGAGUUAGCCUGGUGAACAACAUGUUUUAUCUAGCUAGUAAUAUCACCAUAUUUCUUUCAUGGAUUCAGUCAGGCACUGACCCAGUAGUGAGCCACAUCAGCGAGCCCUGAUGAGUUACAGAAGCUGUUCAAGUUCGAUGAUAUUUGAAGUAAAUGGCUAAUUGAUAGAAGAAAAAUUAGCUUGAAGCUAUGGAGUUUCAUAAUUACUAUAUUAAUAACUAUAACUAAAAAAAUCAGCAGCCCAGUGAAAAAGAGGCUCUUCUGGGUUUAGCAAGAGCUUAUUUACUAACUUGCUAAUUUGUGACGGCAGUGUACACAACCAGUGCCAGACAGAAUCUAUGGAACUGAAACAAAUUUACAGUACCAAGUACCUCUUCAAUUCAAGAUUGCAGCAUAAUACUCACCUAUUGCAUACUAAUUACUGGGCCUCUGGAUGCUUGUAAUAAGUUGUUGGGAAGUUAGAUUGCAUCUUUUUGAUGUUUUAGUUAUUAGGAUCUCAGGACAGGAAGUGGGGCAACUGCUGCGGAAACCUGUGACUUCUUGAAAGUUUACAUCUAGCCUUUAAUCUAGGGAGUAAAAUGUCCAUGCUAUUGAUGGACUCCUACCUCCAUCUAUGGCCACUUUUACUGCUUCCUCAGUGCGUUAUAUGUGCUUUCACUGCACAUACCACUAAAAAGGAAACAUCCUUAUACAACACCCAUCUUAAGCAAUAAGCAUUCCUAGAAUUAAGCUAAAGCGGAAAGGAAAGAUGCAAUGACUCCAGUGUGAACUACCUGAUUCUAUCUUAUGUGUGGUGAACUCGGACUGUAGUCGUUGAAGGGCUUUAGCAAGUCAUGAGAAAUGUAGCCCUGGUGAUUUUUAUUUUUUAGAUUGUUCUUUGUAUUGUUAUGAUUGUUUUAGCAUUAAAACAACAGUUGAAGUUGUAGCUGCAGUAUACACAGUAGUAGUUAAAAAAAAAAAAAAAAAGUCCAGAUGUAA